UUUUCAUUUGUGACAAAAUUCAGAGGAAAAUUUUAAAAUAUGGAAAAAAAAGAUAUUGAAGCGUUGCUGAUUGCUGUGGCUGACCAUUUUGAUAAAACAAUGCCACGAUUUGGAACCUUUUGGGAGGAGGAUGUUUCCAAUAAUUCGGAUGAGUUCUUCAAGGAUCAUUUUCGCUUGGAAAAAGGAACUUUUGAUACCCUAGUGGAACGCCUACCAAACCUCCGAAAGAAGGAUACACCAUUUCGUAUGGCAAUUCCUUUGGAAAAGAGAAUAGCGAUAGCCUUGUACACUCUUGGGUCCUCUGCUGAGUACCGUACAAUAGCGUGUUUGUUUGGUGUGUCCAAGCCGAUAGUGUGUCGAAUCCUUCAUGAGUUUACGCGGGAAGUCAUUGUUAAUCUUGCUCCGGAGUACCUUCCGCCUGCCUUUUUAACCCAGGAGGCCAUUUUAGAAAACGUAAAGGGUUUUGAGGACAUGGGUUUUCCACAAUGCUUUGGAGCCAUUGGCAAAUGGCUGCCACAUCGAAGUGCGACCUCAUGCUAA